AAGCGGCGCCACGUUUCCGUCCAUACUGAACACUCCGUCCGUCACGAUCAGGCGCGUACGGCAGCUCUGCGCCUCCGUCAGUUUCUGGUCCAGGGCAUUUUUAUCUUCACUUCUGAUCUGCUGACAAACAGGAAUUAUGGCCGAACAAGGGUACAAAGACAAAGUAAUGGGAAAAAGUAAAGUAAAUUUUGAUAGCGCCAUCGAUAAUAAUGUAAGUGGGGCUAAUAAUAUUGGCAGCAACGACGAAGCUCUUGCUAUUGAAAACGUACAGGAAAUUCAAUCAAGUGAAAAUAUUUCAGCGGAAGAAUGGGAACAAAUUGAGAAGAAACUAGAAUUUUUGGAUUCUUUUCAAAGUGAAAAAUCUACAGAAAGACACAUUGAAUCUUGCCAUCAGAAUCCUGUGUUUCUAGCCCCCCAACCUCGGCAGCACACCUCGCAGUUCGAUCAAACAAGUAUUCAAUUUCUACUUGACAACGAACAACCAAAUCCACACUUGUUUCCUGGCAAUCAACUGAAUCUACAAAACCCUGAAAAUUCAGGUAUGUUUUCCUUUCAAUCUUGCGAUGGAAUCAACCAAGACUUCCUGUUCGUCUCUCCGUUGAGGUCGGACGAGAGUUCACCCAACUUAACUAAUCCGAUGACUCCGUAUUACUCUGACAUUUCCAGUGCAAGCGCCCCGACUCCCGGUGUGACUGAAUCCACCAUGUCCACCUCAGGCGAUGUAGGGACAGCCUCAUUCAACAAUGAAUUAUCCUCGAGUUUGCCACACGCAAGUGUUGGCGAAUUCCCGGAUAGCUUAGAUUUGUUUUCUCUCGCUGAAUCCGAAAUACAAAACUUUUCUCUACUUUUGAACACGGAGAAUGCAAACGCCCAGUUGUCCAUUGAAACGGCAAAUAGGGCACAUCAGCAACAGCCAAUCCAUCCGCAUGAAAGAAAUCUGAUUGAUACAAAAAGUACCGAUACCUGGCAGAUGACAAUACCACAGAUGAAUGCAAAUGAACUGAACAUAUCUAAUAACCCAGAAAACGUCUCCCAACAUCUGAACUUGGACAAUGGAGAGCAGAUUGAAACAGCUGCCUCUGCAACUGCAGCAUCCUCGGACAUACCGAAUAAUCAGGACUGGGGUCCUGCCUAUUCAGAUUUUACAUUAGACGUGAUUGAUAUCAGUCCACCAAUAUUAGAAGACUUAGAUUCCAAUCCGGAACUUGUCGAUGAAGACAAAGAAACCGCGAUGGAAGAGUCUACUGCAGCAACGGCAAGCAUGUUACCGCGAACUCCGUUGCAUGACGUCUCCAGUAACUCUCAUUCUACAACGAGUAGCCAUAGCAAAGAGGAAACUUCAGUUUCAAAAGAAAAUAUAAAUCCUGAUGCUUCCGCUGUAAAACCGUCCAGUUCAAAAAUAAAAGUCAAUUCAAGAAAACCGAGUUCACGUCCGAGUACCACCACACCAAGUCCUAAUUCGAUCUCAAUUAAUUCAAGUGUUUGUUACAGUAAUCAAAGCUCGUCGUCGAAACGUACGCAAGAACCUCAUAUCAGUCAGGUAAACGAGAGCCUAAACAAUCCUGGCUCGAAUUCUCAACCUUCUACGAGCCAUCACUCACGUGCAACAGAAUUGAGCAGCGGGCCGAUCUCCAAUCUUAGGCAUCCAGAUGCCAGCGAUGCGAUACCUCAAAUAUCUCGACCAAAAGUGCCUUCAAUUGGCAAGCCAGUUUUCUUCACUUGGAAGAAUGAAGAACAGUUCUACACCAAAUCCGAUCAAAGUUCAGACUCGAGUGAUGACUCCUCGUCAGAUACCAGCAACAGCACAAACAGAGGGGCGAGUAAUGACAAGAAGAACGUCGUUCCCACACGCGGAAAAAGUACAAUCCGAUCAAGAGAGACGGCAAAUGUCGCACAAACCUCGUCUGCUGCAGCGGUGCUUGAAACAAGCAGUCAUUCCACUGUCGAAGCUCAGCGAACUUCAUCCAACGAACGCCCAAAUCGCGAGUCCGAAAAUCAAGGCGAAAGUUCAACAUCACAGCCGCCAGCUCGGAGGAAACGCGGACGUCCAAGAGCGCUGACAAAUAGCGCUGACAAGGAUUUGCCAACAACGGACACUGCUUCCAAGAUCCAAAUUUUGGACAAUAAAAAGUAUUUGAAACAGUUCCGACCAGGUCCAGAAGAGGGCGCGACGCACCUAACGAUCUUGGAGAGCUCGCUUCCUCCUCAUCUUGUGUGGCGCAUCAAAGGCAGGGGCGCUAUCACCGGCGACCGCAAACACUACGUCUUUUAUAAGUGCUUCAGGACAAACGAUGACGACCAUCUCAUGGUGGGAUCAGUUUUCACGACGCGUUAUUGCGAUGGCGAAGAAGGCAUGGGCAUCGUACGCGACAUGUAUCAGGAGAGAAACUGGGCGGGCGCCAUCUGCAUGAACAAGGUCACGAUACAGUUCUUCUGCUUCAUGUAUAAACUCCCCGAAGUUGGCAAUAACUUUAGUCUUGAAAACUUGAAGGCCACGCUAGCGAACAUCCAUCUGCCGCCGCACCAGGCGGUGUUUUUAACAGAAUCUCGUUUUCAUUUCAACCUUCAGUUCGUGUCCGCCCCCAAGCGCGUGCUCUGCAUCAACGACUUCAGAGAGUGGCUGAAGCAUCGACCUCCUCCUGAACCCACAGACUCUUACGUGGACCACUACUAUCUAGCGGGCACCUACUACAAAAAUACCGAAACUAUUGAUCUCAACUUGUCGGGGGGUUUUACUUACCCCAAAUGAAAAAUGUUCCUUAUUCAUAGAGUUUUCACUAAACACGAAGUUCCAGAGAGACUCAAGCACUGAAAGAAAGAAGAAUUCUUCCGGGAGCGUCCAGAAAAAAAUCAAAGCUCGAGAGAGAUACUCCUUCGAGAUACGUUCAUCGAGGGUGGAAAAAUUAAGCUUUUUUAUGGAAAAAUUAUUGUAUGAAUCGAAAUUGCCGCAUCAACAUUUCAUAAAUUAGCUUUCCCGAAUUUUUAGUGAGUUUGCCGCGGUUUAUAUUCGCGGAUUGUUUUUAAAUAACAAGUUGUUGCGAUGUUUUUGUAAAGAAACGGUUUUAGUGUCUUGCCAAGAAACAGUUUUAAUGACGACACACGAGAUUGGACGCUCUUUUGCCUGUCCCAUUUUACUUUACUUGUCCCAUUUACAUUUUACUUGCCUGUCCAUUUUAUUGAGUCACAAAUGCACGCAAUUCUAACAUUUAAUUAGUAUCCCCAAUUUUAGUAAAGAUUUGAAGUUCGCUAUAAAUUGUGUUCCAUUUAUUAAACUCAUUAUGAACUCGUUUAUUCAAGUUGUUUUAAGCUUAAAUAUCAUCCUGACUAUCGCUUGUCUUUGCAACCACAGCACGACAGUGUGUUUCACGUGGCAUUCGUAACACAGAAAAAUGAGUGAAACUUUGUCCGAAAAGUGAUAAACUUUUGCCUUUUUCAUCGUCUGACCAAGUUUGGGUCAGGCAAAGGGUUGUAUCAGUGAUACGUCCGCUCUCUGCUCGUGCUGUGGCUAACUAAAUGUGUCACUAUUUAGGCAAAUGACCCAUUCAUUAUUAAGUGUGACCAAUUAUGUAUUUUACUCAGAAUUAAGUGAUAUAAGCGAGUAUUUUGACCGUGUUGUUUACGUUAUUGUAAUAAAAGAUUUACAGAAAAAUGGA